UGUAGGUUCAAGCUGCAUAGGUCCUCAUCGUAUCCGGAAAAACUCAGGGAUUAUGAACCCUGGCCACGCGGUUGGCAUGUCGUGCUUCCCUAUUCGGGCAACGUGAAAACGAGGACGCUAAUCAAAGUCUCGACGUCAUCGCGUCAUCCUCGGUGCCCCUCAAAAAGUGGGCUUCUUCUCCUCUCAACUUGCUUCGCACUCCCAUCAUCUCCUCCCCCAAACUACUCCUUUCACGAGUAUGCGGCCCUUCGCGUCCCACCUGUUCUGGUCUAACAAUGUCCCAGCUAUAACGAACUCACAACUCUGAAAAUGUCGCGCGCGUUCUGCAUCCCAGGCAUCGUGUUCCUCCUGUGCGCGCUUGUCCUGAGCGUCAUCGUCUCCAUCUCCCUCCCCUUCCUCCCCGCGAUCGACUUUGUUCGCGUCAAGUUCGCGUCUGGGGUUACGGCUGCCACCAACGGGGACGCCAUGACGGAGCUUAGAUUCGGUGUAUGGGCGCCCUGCUACUACGACACUCAUGGCGCUCGGACAUGUUUUAAGGCCGCACAUGCCUACUCCAUUGCCAUUUCCAACGCGGCGAAGACCUCUAACGCGACCAUCGGCUCCUCUUGGACGCGUGGAUUGGCUGUCCAUCCCGUUGCCGCGGCCGUGACUUUCAUAGCUUUCAUCUUCUCCUUCUCGACACAUCAUGCCUUUACGCUCUUCUCUUCACUCUUGUCCUUCCUCGCGGCCUUGCUCACCCUGAUUGCCUUCGUGAUCGACAUCGUCCUUUACGCCCGAGUGCACCAUGAAGUAGGCAACAUUGCGGACGUCUCUGGACACACCACGACCAGUCCCGCCUUUUGGAUGACCUUUGCCUCGUUUAUUCUUCUCCUGUUGGCCGGCUGCACUGUCUGCUUCGGACGUCGUCGUGACCGCAUGUCGGGCGCGUCGGCCUACCCGAUGGAGACCUACAACAAGCCCAGCUUUUUCUCUCGGUUCCGCAGAAACAAGGCGGCGGCUUACUAAGGGAAUGCGAUGGCCCUUUUUAACAUGUUGUCUCUGAUUGGACAUUCGGUAAAACUUGAUAGCUUCUAUACCCCGUCUUCUUAGUGUGGUGCUUGAAUACAAUAUAAGAUCUUUUAUUUGUACCUAGGGCCCAUAACUCAGCGCCCAUACCCUCCACAUUUACCCCGGAAGUCAAUAUCUCUU